CGCUGGCAAUCUCGGUUCUCUUUUCUCCGCCCCUGACCUCCAACAGCCCCAGAGCCCUCCUCGGACCCGGGCUGCAUGCCGCCAGCCGCCACCUCCGUCAAAGUCACCUGACGCAGCCCGGAGCCAAGGCCGGCGGCGCGGGGCCACAGCGCCGGGCGUGCGCACCGAGCUCGGGCCUCAGCUCCCCUUGCGCGGCGGCGCGCUUAGCGGACGGGCGGUCCACGCAGCCGGCGAGGAGGGACAUCCGUCCGGCGCAUUUUUCCUUUCGCUGCUCGCCUCGGCCCCGGCGCGUCGCGUCCGGAGGCGGCGAGGAGGCGCGGCCCGACUGCGGCGCCGUCGUCUCCCAGGUUGGACCACUGGACCAUGUCACGUGUUUGGUGGACAGUAUGGGUGUUGGGGGCUGUAAGCAACCUCUCUAAGGAAGAGGCCCCUGAUCAGGCUUCUUCUCUGUCCUGUGACCCCACCGGUAUCUGCGAUGGCCGCUCCAAAUCUUUAAGCUCCAUCCCGGCAGGGCUCACGGCAGCUGUGAGAAGCCUGGACCUUUCCAACAACGAGAUCGCCUCCGUCGGCAGCAUGGACCUGCGGGGCUGUGUGAACCUUAAGGCUCUGAAACUGGCGUCUAAUGGGAUUACCACAAUAGAGGAGGAAUCUUUUGUUUCCCUGCAGAGUCUCGAACACUUGGACUUGUCCUAUAAUCUCUUAUCUAAUUUAUCAUCCUCCUGGUUCAGGCCCCUUUCUUCCCUGAAGUUCUUAAACUUACUGGGGAAUCUUUACAAAUCACUUGGGGAAACACCUCUUUUUUCUCAGCUCACAAAUCUGCGAAUUCUGAAAGUAGGAAGUACUUACAGCUUCACUGAGCUUCGGGAAAAGGAUUUUGCUGGACUCACUUUUCUUGAGGAACUUGAGAUUGAUGCGUCAAAUCUCCAGAGGUACGAGCCAAAGAGUUUGAAGUCAAUUCAGAACAUCAGCCACUUGGCUCUUCGUAUGAAGCAGCCUGAUUUACUGCUGGAGAUUUUUGUAGAUCUUUCAAGUUCCUUGAAACAUUUAGAACUAAGAGACACUCAUUUGAACACUUUCCGGUUUUCAGAAGCAUCCGUCAGUGAAACAAAUACGCUGAUUAAAAAGUGGACUUUUAGAAAUGUGAAAGUCACCGAUGGAAGUUUUAGUGAAGUUGUGAAACUGUUGAAUUAUGUUUCUGGAGUGUUAGAAGUCGAGUUUGAGGACUGUACCCUGGAUGGGCUUGGUGAUUUUGACAUAACCGAUAUAGACAAAAUUAAAAGUCUAGGUGGGAUAGAGAUAUUAACAGUACGGAGGUUGUAUAUUCCAUAUUUUUACUCAUUUUACGAUAUGAGUAGUAUCUAUUCACUUACAGUAGAAGUUAAAAGAAUCACAGUAGAAAGCAGUAAGGUUUUUCUGGUUCCUUGUUCACUUUCACAACAUCUAAAAUCACUAGAGUAUCUGGACCUCAGUGACAAUUUAAUGGUUGAGGAAUACUUGAGAAACUCAGCCUGUGAGCAUGCCUGGCCCCUCCUGCAAACCUUAAUUUUAAGGCAAAAUCGUUUGAAAUCGUUAGAAAAAACCGGAGAAACUUUGCUUACUCUGAAAAACCUGACUAACCUUGAUAUUAGUAAGAAUAAUUAUGUUUCUAUGCCUGAAACUUGUCAGUGGCCAGAGAAGUUGAAAUACCUGAACUUAUCCAACACGAGAAUCCACAGUGUCACCCGAUGCAUCCCCUGGACACUGGAAAUUUUAGAUGUUAGCAAUAACAAUCUCGAUUCAUUUUCCCUGACUUUGCCACAACUCAAAGAACUUUAUAUUUCUGAAAAUAAGUUGACGACUCUACCAGAUGCCUCCUUCUUACCCAGGUUACGCAUCAUGAGAAUCAGCAGGAAUAUAAUAAGUACUUUCUCAAAGGAGCAGCUUGAUUCUUUUCACACACUGGAGGCUCUGGACGCCGGCGGUAACAAUUUCCUUUGCUCCUGUGAAUUCCUGUCGUUCACGCAGGAGCAGCGAGCGCUGGUCCAGAUCCUGAUCGACUGGCCGGAGAACUACCUGUGUGACUCUCCGUUCUCUGUGCGCGGUCAGCAGGUUCGGGACACGCGUCUCCCGGCCUCUGAAUGCCACCGGGCCGCUCUGGUGUCUGCCGUGGUCUCUGUCCUGCUCCUGCUGCUUCUGCUCACGGGGGUCCUGUGCCACCGCUGCCACGGGCUGUGGUACCUGAAGAUGAUGUGGGCCUGGCUCCAGGCCAAAAGGAAGCCCAGGAAAGCGCCCCCCAGGGACCUGUGCUACGACGCCUUUGUGUCUUACAGUGAGCGCGAUGCCUACUGGGUAGAGAACGUGAUGGUCCAGGAGCUGGAGCACUUCGACCCUCCCUUCAGGCUGUGUCUUCAUAAGCGGGACUUCAUCCCCGGCAAAUGGAUCAUCGACAAUAUCAUCGACUCCAUCGAGAAGAGCCACAAGACCAUCUUCGUGCUGUCUGAAAACUUCGUGAAGAGCGAGUGGUGCAAGUAUGAGCUGGACUUCUCCCAUUUUCGCCUCUUUGAUGAGAACAACGAUGCUGCCAUUCUCAUUCUUCUGGAGCCCAUUGAGAAAAAGGCCAUCCCCCAGCGUUUCUGUAAGCUGCGGAAGAUAAUGAACACCAAGACCUACCUGGAGUGGCCCACAGAUGAAACUCAGCAGGAAGGGUUUUGGUUAAAUUUGAGAACAGCAAUAAAGUCCUAGAUUCCUUCAUUAAAGGCCAGUCUGGGUCUGGUGGAGGUCUUUAUGUCACCAGUGGUAGCUAGGUCCAUUCUUGACACAGUCCUAUGCACACCACACAAAUGCACUGUCCUUUGCAGACUUGCUUACUAAAACCACUAAAAUUGUUCAUAUUUUGUUUUGUUUUAUAAAAACUACCAGAUUGAAAAUAAAAGGUUCUUGGUUUUUCUUUA